AUGGCUGAGAAUCCCCUUCCUCCCAAGGAGGGUCUGGCCCACGAUGAGGAUAUCACUCAAAGCGUGGCCAUGGCCCAGGUCGACGGUCCUAGCCAGGAGAAGCAUGCUGCAGCGCUGAACAUCGUCGAAAACCCGCUCAAGCGUUUCCCGCGUGAGCAAGUAUACGAAGAUGCCCGUGGCUUUGCCGAGAUGCACGGCCUGGCUGAGCACGCCGAACUCUUCGGCCGCGCUGCUCUCGUGGCUCGCGAGCCUGCAGGCCUUGAGAGCGUGACCGAGCUGUCUCAGGACGAGGCAGCCGCUCUCCACUAUGAACAUGACCACAAGUGGCACGGACCAUGGAUGCUGUGGUACUCCAUUGCACUCUGCGCCAUCGGCGCCGCGACUCAGGGUUGGGACCAGACCGGUUCCAACGGGGCCAAUCUCUCAUUCCCUCAGGCCCUAGGCAUCGACAGUGGCAGUUCCCGUGAUGAGUGGAUCAAAGGGCUCAUCAACUCGAUCAUCUUCCUCACUGCCGGUCUUAUUGGUGCCUUCAUCGUCGAUCCCCUCAACCAUUACCUAGGUCGACGUGGAGAGAUUUUCCUGACCGCGGCCUGCCUCACGGCUACCCCCAUCGGAUCCGGUUUUGCGCGCACCUGGCAGGAGCUGUUCGCCGCUCGCUUCGUCAUGGGAAUUGGAAUUGGUGCAAAGAAUGCCACCGUGCCGAUCUACUCGGCUGAGAUGGCUCCCCACCGCAUCCGUGGUGCCCUGGUCAUGUUCUGGCAGCUCUGGGUUGUCAUUGGUAUCUUCUUGGGCUUCUGCGCCAAUGUCAUUGUGAAGGAUACCGGUGACCUCUCCUGGCGGUUGCAACUAGGCUCGGCCUUCAUUCCCUCCUUUAUUCUGAUGAUCGGCAUCUUCUUCUGCCCCGAGUCCCCCCGUUGGUUGAUGAAGAAGGGCAAGCACGUCCAGGGCUUCAACUCCAUGUCUCGUCUUCGCGCCCAUCCCAUCAUUGCUGCACGAGACUACUACUACUCCUACAUUAUCUACAUGGAGGAGUUGAAGGAAGCUCGGGGUGCCGGUUACUUCUCUCGUAUGCGUGACAUUUUCGUGGUGCCCCGUAUCCGACGAGCCAACUAUGGUGCGUCGACUGUCAUGAUCGCGCAACAGAUGUGCGGUAUCAACAUCAUUUCCUUCUACAGUUCGACCAUCUUCGAGAACGCCGGUUACAGCGCAGUUCAGGCUCUGUACGCCUCUCUGGGAUAUGGUGCCAUUCAAGUGGUCUCCACCAUUCCUACUCUCUUCCUCAUUGACACCAAAGGACGACGCACCUUGACAUUGGCUACAUUCCCAUUGAUGUGUAUUUUCCUCUUGGCUGCCGGCCUUUCUCUUCUGAACUCAAAUGAUAACCGAAGCAAGGGAGCACACAUUGGACCUGUCGCUCUGUUCGUCUACCUCUUCACAAUCUGCUACUCGCUGGGUGAAGGUCCCGUGGCUUUCCAGUACUCUGCCGAGGUCUUCCCUACCGUUCAACGUGAGCAGGGUAUGGCUUGGGCUGUGUGCAUCAACAACACCUUUGCUGGAAUUCUUGGCUUGACAUUCCCCCGUAUGACCAGUGUCAUGACGCCCACUGGAGCGUUUGGUUUCUACGCUGGUCUGAACCUGAUUGCUUGGUUCAUGAUAUUCUGCUUUGUCAGAGAGACCAAGCAGCUCACACUGGAGGAACUGGAUCAGGUCUUUUCUGUUCCAACCAAGAAGUUCAUCGGCCACGAACUCACCGUCUGGCUUCCUUACUUUGUGAAGCGACACAUCUUCCGCCAGCGGAUUCCAAAGCCUCCAUCCAUUAUCGCCACUGCGGAUGAGGCCCGCAGGGUCGAAGAACACUAA